AUGAAAAAAUUCCUUCUCAUGUACAUUUUAAAAAUUGAUGAGGAACAGGUGCUGCAUAGAUGCAGGGAAAGUUCAAUUGUCCUGCGGCCUCUCACCAGUUUCCCCUGCACGAGGGAACGUUUGGGAGGGAUGAGGAAAAGCAAAAAAAUUAAAACAGUAAAGAGGAAGUCAAGUACCCAAGUAGACGCCGAAUCAGAUGAACAGAUAGGAGCCAACACACUUACAUUAUUGGCAUCCCUGCUCUCCAUGACCUCCCCCGGGUACAACCUAACCCCAGGACAUUCGAUGUCUCCGCAACAGACACUAUGGGAAAGGGAACAAAACAACGGCGGGUGCAACAACCAAGUGUUAUUAAAAAUUAUAAAAAAUGAAAUGAGCUUCGAGCAACUUCCUUCCAAUAGUCUACUCAUGACAUCAAAGAUAUACAACAUAAAUGACCUCUUCUUAAACUUUUUAGAAGAUAAAAAAUUGAGACAAAUUGUGAAGGCCUGUGGGGAUUACGUUUAUUUGAAGAACCUUCAGAUGGUUAUUUUUACCAUCAAGGAUAAUGUGAACAUGGACUUUUUGCGAAGCUUUUUUCGUGUCCUUAUAAAUAGUGAUGUGUGUGUGGAGUUCAACCAGAGGGCCUCUCUUCAGGAUGGUUGA